AGCAGGCUCAUAGUGGAGGAGCCUGAUGUGGGACUCGAUCCCAGAACGCCGGGAUCACGCCCUGAGCUGAAGGCAGACGCUUAACCGCUGUGCCACCCAGGCGCCCCUACACAGUCUCUCAGCCUUAACCACACUGGACUGGAAACGUUGGGGCGCUUGCCUGUCUCCCUCAAUAAAAUGUAAGGUCUGUGAGGGCAGAAAUGGUUUUUGUCUUCUUCACAGCGGUGUUCCUAAGACCUUGCGUGGGGCCCAGCAAAGUGCAGGUGCUCAAGGAUCGUGUGCCGAGGAUGUACCCCUAUUCCCUGUUCCCCCAUUUUGCAGGAUGAAGCCCCCUGAGCUUCCGUUUUUCAGAGUAUCUCGUCUCUGCGAAUGGCCCUGUUUCCCCCACCCCAUCCCUAAUGCCUCCAGAGCCUCAGCUGUCUUGGAAAUCUGAAGUCAUUUCGACAGGUCAUAGCUGAUUACCUUUUAGGGACCUAAGUCAUUUCCCACGACGGACAACUCCAGCGAUGGCCACCGUUCUUCACUUCUAUGUCCAUCCCUCUGGCCACGAGAGGGCAGCUUCCGGACACACUCAGAGGAAGCUCCAAGGGAAACUCCCAGAGCUGCAGGGUGUCAAGACAGAGCUGUGCUACAACGUGAACUGGACAGCCAAGUCCCUCCCGAGCGCUGAGGAGGUGAAGAAGCUGACGUGGCUUUUUGGCUGCCCCCUGUUACUAGGAGAUGUUGCUCAGAAGUCCUGGCUCCAUCCUGACUCCAACGACCUGCUGUUGGAGGUUGGGCCCAGGCUGAACUUCUCCAGCCCAGCAUCCACCAACGUCGUGUCAGUGUGCCGGGCUGCUGGGCUGGAGGCUGUGGAUCGCGUGGAGACCACCCGGCGCUACCUGCUCUCGUUCGCCCGCCCCUCAUCACCCGAGAUGAAGGCCAUCGCUCUGGCCACCCUGCAUGACCGGAUGACGGAGCAGCACUUCCCCCAUCCCAUCCAGAGCUUCUCCCUUGGGAGCAUUUCCACACGUCUCAACGGCUCUGUCAACAUCCUGGCUGAGGGCCGGUGUGCCCUGGAGAAGGCCAACCAGGAGCUGGGCCUGGCCUUAGACUCCUGGGACCUGGAUUUCUACACCAGACGCUUCCAGGAGCUCCAGAGGAACCCCAGCACCGUGGAGGCCUUCGACUUGGCUCAGUCCAAUAGCGAACACAGCCGACACUGGUUCUUCAAGGGCCUGCUCCACGUGGACGGGCAGGAGUUGGCGCACUCCCUCUUUGAGUCCAUCAUGAGCACCCAGGCAUCCUCGAACCCCAACAAUGUCCUCAAGUUCUGUGACAACAGCAGCGCAAUCCAGGGGAAGGAAGUCCGAUUCCUGCGGCCCGAGGACCCCACACAGCCAAGCCGCUUCCGGCAACAGCGGGCCCUGAGACACGUUGUCUUCACAGCAGAGACCCACAACUUCCCCACAGGAGUGGCCCCCUUCAGUGGGGCGACCACAGGCACAGGGGGCCGGAUCCGAGACGUCCAGUGCACGGGCCGCGGGGCCCAUGUGGUGGCUGGCACCGCUGGCUAUUGCUUCGGAAACCUGCACAUCCCAGGUUACAAUCUGCCCUGGGAGGAUCCAAGCUUCCAGUAUCCUGGGAACUUCGCCCAGCCCCUGGAGGUCGCCAUCGAGGCCAGUAAUGGGGCUUCCGAUUACGGCAACAAGUUUGGGGAGCCAGUGCUGGCCGGCUUCGCCCGCUCCUUGGGCCUCCAGCUCCCAGACGGCCAACGGCGUGAGUGGAUCAAGCCCAUCAUGUUUAGUGGGGGCAUCGGGUCCAUGGAAGCUGAGCAUGUGAGCAAGGAGCCCCCUGAGCCAGGCAUGGAUGUGGUGAAGGUCGGGGGUCCUGUCUACAGGAUCGGACUUGGGGGUGGAGCUGCGUCGUCUGUGCAGGUGCAGGGAGACAACACCAGUGAGCUGGACUUCGGGGCUGUGCAGCGGGGGGACCCGGAGAUGGAACAGAAGAUGAACCGUGUGAUCCGGGCUUGUGUGGAGGCCGCCACGGGGAACCCCAUCUGCAGCCUCCACGACCAGGGUGCUGGCGGCAACGGCAACGUCCUGAAGGAGCUCAGUGACCCCGCCGGGGCCGUCAUUUACACCAGCCGCUUCCAGCUCGGGGAUCCGACCCUGAAUGCCCUGGAAAUCUGGGGGGCCGAGUACCAGGAGUCGAACGCACUUCUGCUGAGGCCCCUUGACCGGGACUUCAUCAGUCGCGUCAGCGCCCGGGAACGCUGCCCGGCUUGCUUUGUGGGCACCAUCACUGGGGACAAAAGAAUAGUGCUGGUGGACGAUCGGGAGUGCCCCGUUGGAAGAAAUGGCCAGGAGGAUGACCGCCCCUUGUCUCCCCCAACCCCUGUGGACCUGGAGCUGGACUGGGUGCUGGGCAAGGUGCCUCGGAAGGAGUUCUUCCUCCAGAGGAGGCCCCCCGUACUCAAGCCUCUGGCCCUGCCCCCAGGUCUGCGUGUGCGCCAGGCUCUGGAGCGCGUUCUCAGGCUGCCCGCCGUGUCCAGCAAGCGGUACCUCACCAACAAGGUGGACCGCUCUGUGGGCGGCCUGGUGGCCCAGCAGCAGUGUGUGGGAGCCCUGCAGACCCCCCUGGCAGAUGUGGCCGUCGUGGCACUGAGUCACCAGGAGCUCGUCGGGGCUGCCACAGCUCUAGGGGAGCAGCCCGUCAAAAGCCUGCUGGACCCCAAGGUGGCCGCCCGACUGGCUGUGGCGGAGGCCCUCACCAACCUGGUGUUCGCGCUGGUCACCGACCUCCGGGACGUGAAGUGCAGCGGGAACUGGAUGUGGGCGGCCAAGCUCCCAGGGGAGGGCGCGGCUCUGGCCGACGCCUGUGAGGCUAUGGUGGCAGUGAUGGCGGCCCUGGGUGUGGCAGUGGAUGGUGGCAAGGACUCUCUGAGCAUGGCCGCCCGGGUCGGCUCUGAGACAGUGCGGGCUCCCGGAUCGCUGGUCAUCUCAGCCUAUGCGGUCUGCCCAGACAUUACAGCCACUGUGACCCCUGACCUCAAGCAUCCUGGAGGGGGAGGCUGUCUGCUGUAUGUGCCUCUGUGCCCUGGGCAGCACCGGCUGGGGGGCACGGCUCUGGCCCAAUGCUUCUCGCAGCUGGGCGAGCAGCCUCCCGACCUGGAUCUCCCCGAGAACUUGGUGCGUGCCUUUAGCGUCACCCAGGGGCUGCUGAGAGACCGCCUCCUCUGCUCAGGCCACGAUGUCAGUGACGGGGGUCUCAUCACCUGCCUUCUAGAGAUGGCCUUUGCUGGGAAUUGUGGGAUAGAGGUGGAUGUGCCUGCCCCUGGGGUCGAUGCGCUGCCGGUGCUGUUUGCCGAGGAGCCGGGCCUGGUGCUGGAGGUGCAGGAGCCAGACGUGGCCCAGGUGCUGGAGCGCUUCCGGGCUGCCGGCCUCCACUGCCUGGAGCUGGGCCCCACGGGCGACGCCGGGCCCUAUGCCUUGGUGCGAGUGUCCGUGAACGGGGCCGUGGUCCUGGAGGAGCCAGUUGGGCAGCUGCGCGCCGUCUGGGAGGAGACGAGUUUCCAGCUGGAGCGGCUGCAGGCCGAGCCGCGCUGUGUGGCUGAGGAAGAGCAGGGGCUGAGGGAGCGGACCGGGCCCAGCUACUGCCUGCCCCCAACCUUCCCCAGAGCGUCCGUGCCCCACGAGCCUGGUGGCCCUGUGCCCCGAGUUGCCAUCUUGCGAGAGGAGGGCAGUAAUGGAGACCGCGAGAUGGCAGAUGCCUUCCACCUGGCUGGGUUUGAGGUGUGGGACGUGACCAUGCAGGACCUGUGCUCUGGGGCAAUCGGACUGGACACGUUCCGUGGCGUGGCCUUUGUGGGCGGUUUCAGCUAUGCGGAUGUCCUGGGCUCUGCCAAAGGGUGGGCGGCGGCCGUGACCUUCCACCCGCUGGCCGGGGCCGAGCUGAGGCGCUUCCAGAAGCGGCCCGACACCUUCAGCCUGGGCGUGUGUAACGGCUGCCAGCUGCUGGCUCUGCUGGGCUGGGUGGGAGGCAGCCCCCGCGAGGAGGCUGAGGAGCCAGGCCCCGACUCUUGGCCGGCCCAGCCCGGCCUUGUGCUGUGCCACAACGUGUCUGGGCGCUUCGAGUCUCGCUGGGCCAGCGUGCGGGUGGGGCCCGGGCCAGCCCUGAUGCUGCGAGGGAUGGAGGGCGCAGUGCUGCCCGUGUGGAGCGCUCACGGGGAAGGUUACAUGGCAUUUUCUUCUCCGGAACUCCAAGCCCAGAUCGAGGCCAGGGGCUUAGCCCCGCUGCACUGGGCAGACGACGCCGGACAGCCCACGGAACAGUACCCCAUGAAUCCCAACGGGUCCCCGGGGGGCGUGGCUGGCGUCUGCUCCCCUGAUGGCCGCCACCUGGCUCUCAUGCCGCACCCUGAGCGGGCUGUGAGGCCGUGGCAGUGGGCUUGGCGACCUCCCCCAUUUGACACCCUGACCACCUCCCCCUGGCUCCAGCUUUUCAUCAAUGCCCGAAACUGGACCCGGGAGACGGGCUGCUGAGCAGGCCAGGGAGGCUCCCCUGGGUCUGAUGGUUUGUGCCUGGGGGUCUGCUGUCCUUCCCAUCCUCAAAUUCAGAAGGACCCCACCUUCUCUCCAAAUAUGUCUUGGACAGACAAGGGCCAAAAUGCCAAAAAAAACCUGCUUAUUUUAUUAAUCUGCCUGCUUUUGCCUUAUGCCGUUGGAUCUGUUUUCGGUUCUUCUGCUCUGACAGGGUUGUCUGUGGGCCCCCAGAGGAAGCGUGUGGUGUGGAGGAAAGAGCCCGCACUGGGAAGUUAGGAUGCGCGGCCGGGAGAAUGUUCCACUGCCCCCCGCCCCCGUGCACACCCUCUACCCACUGAUCGCCACGUUGUGCCUCCCAUCACUCCUCUGGGCUCAGAGGGACGUUUUAUGUGCCCCUUCCUUGUAACGGGGGUUGAGGGGCUGGGAUGUAUAAAAGCACGCAAGUCAGGACCUGCGUGUUCUCAUCCGAAAAACAGCAGAAGCUUUCUGGAUUCUGCUUGUUAAAAUGUAGCGCUGUGCUGUGUAAGCAGUUAUUUGCAGAAGUGUCUCUGAGCAAGUCUCCGGCUGUGUCCUAGGGCUACCCCAGCACAGGCCUCGGAACUCAGUAUUUGCUUCUCGAUGUAGCCACUCCCUUCCUGGAGGAAAUGGGUGGCACCUGCUUCCCUAGAAUAAGCCUUUAGCCUGCCUGCCUUCCUCCAUUCAUCCCUCCAUCCCUCUAUCCCAUUCUUUCCUUCUGUCAUCCAUCCAUCCAUUUCUUUCCUCCCUCCCUCCAUUCAUUUAUCCAUUCCAUUCUUCCAUUGCUUCAGUCAUUCAUUAAUGUUCGGUGAUUAGAGUGCAAAGCACUGUCACUGCCGCCCAGGGGUUUCAUGAUCUGAUAGAAUUUUAAAUAAUAGUUACGGGGCCCCUGGCUGGCUCAGUCCAAA